AUGGUGCCAAAUCCAUCAAAAGGCCUGUUUCCAAUCCAGUUGGACUCCCAUAACCUGGCCUUUUCAGUUUAUCCAUCAGUGGCUGGAGGUGGACUGCCUGUCAUGAGCGAUACAAGAUUACGUGAUCGACGAUGCCGCCUCUACAAGGUCCCCGGGCAAAUCUGCAACACAGACCAAAGAGAGCACGAGCCGAGCUACAUAUCCAUCGGGCCUUACCACUACCAGAGCGAGGGGCUGCAGACCAGGUCGAACCUAUGGAAAGAGCAGUGCGUGAGCGAGGUCAAGUCACUGCUGUCGCCACCUGCCGUCGACGGGGACGCCGGCGUAUUGCUCGACAGGCUAAUGGCAGGGAUCGAGGACGAGGUGAGGAUGUACUACGACGACAUACGCUCGUCCCCUUUCCCCGACAAUGGCGAGGCUUUCCGUGGAAUGAUGAUCGCCGACGGGUGCUUCCUGCUCGUCACGCUGGGACUGUUGCAGCCUGAUGACGACGACCCGAGUCGGUGGGACAAUCAGCUCUGGUUGCAUGACAUAUUGCUGUACGGGAACCAGCUCCCCUUCGUCGUGGUGCGGGAGAUUUACCGGCUUAUUCGCUCGUGCGAGACCAGGACCGAGGAGGAGCAUGGUUUCCCCGGGAAGAAGAUCGGCGCAAUUAUCGGGCCUAUGCUGAGAGGGUACACGACGAGGCCGGCUAGCGACGUAGUGGUGGAGAACGCUGGCCAUGUCCUCCACCUGUGCCACUUGCUGCUGAAGCCAACGAACACGCCUAUGGACAACAGCGAGCCGCGGCGGGGGGACGGCGGCGACGACGACGGGAACGUGGAGCGGUGGCGCCGGGCGACGGAGUACAGCGAGCUACUGGUGGUGUUCAAGAAGAGGGAACUCGGCGGCGGCGCGCAGUGCAUCUCGGACGUCAAGAUCCGGGGCCGCGUGGUGGAGAUACCCAAGCUGGAGCUGAACCCGCAGACGUGGAGGCUCCUCCGGAACCUGGUGCUGCUGGAGCAGAUGAACGAGCACCUCGGUGACCACGUGACUGCGUACUGCGUCUUCAUAUCGCAGAUCGCGUCGACGAGCGCGGACGUCCGCCUGCUCAUGGAGAGGGGCAUCAUCGUGCACUGGGAGGCCACCGACGAGGCGGCCGCCCGGAAGAUGGGCAAGCUCUGCGACCAGAUCACGUUUUAUCCGGGCUGGGACAAAUACCUCACGUUGGAGUGGCACGCGCUGGAGUCGCACUGCCGGAGCUGGUCAUGGCGUCUGGCCGCGAAGCUGUGCCGCCACAAGGAUUGGAAGAACCCGUUGGUGGUGACGGGUACCCUGGUUGCUGUCGUCAUACUCUUUUGCGCCAUAGUUCAAUCCCUCUACAGCUUCUUGGCCUACCGGGAUCAGAAGAAAAAUCUCUCACGCGCAUAG